AAGGUUCAUGAAUGAACCAAAAUCAGUUUCCAAACACACCUCUGAGCAAACAACAGAUACAAUGUGGAACUGAAACCCUAGAAUCAGUGGCGUAGUGGCGAGCAUGAUAGCUCUUUCAAGGCCCUUCACCAAGAUUUUCCCCUCCAUUUUCUUUCGAAGUUUCCAUUCGAAUUUGGGUCCCAUUGCAGCAACCAGGCGUCAUCGAUAUUCUAAUUUUAUCUCAGCUAUCCCAGAUGAGGUCUCCUGGAUAUUGCCAUUCUUUGCUAUUCUGAGUAAAUCUAUUGGUAGUUAUCAAUCAUUAGCAACAGAGGCCUCUCCUGAUGAAGAUGUUGUGCCAGAUGAAUUCUUGAAUGAAAUUCUUUCUGAUAUAGAAAGGUCUCCAAAAUUCUCCAGUGAGAAACUUUGUACUACUUACAUUGAUAAAUUGUUGAAAGCUGGGAAUCCUUCAGCUGCUGCUAGGUUCAUGCAGUCCUUGCAUGAUAAACACAUAUUCCUUAGUCCUAAUGCAUAUAAUCUCCUUCUGGUAGCAGCAAGUGAAGCAAAUGCCAUUGACUUUCUAUCUCAGAUUUUUAAGGAUCUAUUGGUGUCCAAUAAGCCCUUGUCUUCAACUUCUUAUUUCAAUGUUGCCAAGGUUUUUACAAAGACCGAUGAUUCUGUCCUGCUCAAAUUUGUGAGAGAAGUAUCAGAAUUAACCUUUCCAAGAAAUGCAACGAUUCUCAACAGGAUCAUCCAUGCCUUUGCUGAGUGUAGGCAGAUUGAGAAAUCCCUGAUCAUAUUUGACCACAUGAAGAGUUUGAAAUGUAAACCAGAUUUGAUCACAUAUAAUACUGUUCUAGGGUUCUUGGGUCGGGCAGGCAGGCUGGAUGAAAUGCUGCAUGAGUUUUCCUCCAUGAAAGUGGCCAAUAUUGCCCCAGAUAUUAUUUCAUAUAAUACUUUAUUAAACAGCUUGCAGAAGGUUGGGAGAUUGGAUUUGUGCUUAGUAUUUUUUAGAGAAAUGGGUGAGAAUGGACUCAAGCCAGAUUUGCGAACUUACCGAGCGCUGAUUGAGGGCUUUGGUCAGUCAGGGAACCUUGAGGAAGCACUGAGACUCUUUUCUGAGAUGAAACAAGGGCAGAUCCGUCCAUCUAUCUAUAUUUACCGAUCAUUAAUUAAUUAUUCAAAGAAGAUGGGGAAGGUGGAGCUAGCAAUGUCUUUAUCGGAGGAGAUGAAUGCAUGUCUUCCAGAUCUUAUUGGUCCAAAGGAUUUCAAACAGAAAAACAGGUAGCUAAGAACUUCAAAGUAAUUUUGAAGUAUCAGAAUUCAUAGGUCAGCUCAAGCAAGGAUUUGUUUUGGAGGCACAGUUCAUGAAUCAUGCUUGACAUUGGUCCCUUGAGAAAUGAUUGGUGGUGCAUGUGUGCCUGUUGGCUUGUGCGAAAGUUGGGCUACCAUUUUGGACCUGAUUGGUAAAUUCUCAACAUGCCCUCAAAUUUUUGGUAAUAUCUGGAGCAGCUGGUUUUGUAGGUUCAUGAUUUAAGUGCAAGGGCAGGCUGGCAGCAUUAGAGGAUCCGAGUACUGAGGUACUUUCUUAUCUAUAUUCUUGUAAUGAAUGUAGAAGUUAAU